AACGUUCCGCGCGACGUUCAACGAAGCUAUUCGUGUGUGUGUCAUCAUCAUCGCAGGAUGGAGUUAUCCGCGUUAUUUUCGUCGCCUUUUGUGCUGUUAUUGACUACUUUGAUAGUCCUCGGAGUUCUUAGACUCUUCUUUCAAGCAUAUCAUUUGUUCUCUUACUGGAAGAAAAGAGGCAUACCUUAUAUUCCGGAUUCGUUUAAGUCUUUUAUAUUAUUGUGGAAACCGUUCUUCCGUCUAAUCAGCUUCACCGAUUUCGCUAACGCUCUCUACUAUCAUCAUUCGGAUGUCAGAUACUUUGGAUCAAUAGAUCUCGCUACGCCUACUGUGAUUCUACGCGAUCCCGAGCUAAUCAAAGACGUGAUGGUAAAAGAGUUCGAGCAUUUUCACGAUCAUCAGUUGUUCGUGAGCGAAGACAUAGAUCCGUUAUUCGGCAAGAACAUUUUCUCUCUGCGUGGAGAUCGUUGGAGAGAAAUGCGAAACACGCUAAGUCCGUCUUUCACCGCCAGCAAGAUGAAACUUAUGGUUGAACUGAUAUCGAAAUGCGCUCACGAGUUCGUCGAUUAUUUGGUCGAUCAUCCGGAUCUUUGUCAUUCUAUCGAGACAAAGCAAGUCUUCAGACGAUACACCACCGACGUAAUUGCCACAGCCGCUUUCGGCAUAAGUGUCAAUUCUAUGAAGGAACAGAACAACGAGUUUUACACGAAAGGAGUGCAAGCCACGAAGUUUUCAAAUGGAUUUCUAAGUAUGGUGAAAUUUAUAUUUAUGCGCGCGUUCCCGCAAUUCUCCAAGUCGAUCGGCUUGUCUCUCUUCGACCCAGCUGUGCCCGAGUUUUUCAAGAGAAUUGUGAGAGAGACCAUUAAAGCUCGCGAGGAACAAGGUAUCGUUCGACCGGAUAUGAUUCACCUGUUAAUGCAAGCUCGGGACAAAGACGGUCCGAGCGCUCACAAAAUGACAUUGGACGACAUUGUUUCGCAAGCUUUUAUCUUCUUCUUCGCCGGUUUUGACACGUCUUCGACGUUAAUGUGUUUCGCCGUCCAUGAAUUGGCGGUCAAUCCUGAUAUUCAAGAACGUCUGCGUAAAGAAGUAGAAGAGCAUCGCGACGAAAACGGUGACAUCACUUACGACUCGUUAUCGAAGAUGACUUACAUGGAGAUGGUAGUUUCCGAAACUCUCAGAAAAUAUCCACCAGUGGCUAUAAUCGACAGACUUUGCACGAAGAGUUACGAGUUGCCUCCCGCGAAACCGGGUUAUAAGAGCGUUAUUAUCGAGCCCGAUACUGUAAUGAUGGUUCCCGUUUACGGACUGCAUCACGAUCCCGCGUACUUUCCGAAUCCGCAGAAGUUCGAUCCCGAGAGAUUCAACGACGAAAACAAGGACAGUAUGAAUCCGUACACUUAUCUGCCUUUCGGACUCGGGCCUAGAAAGUGUAUUGGCAAUCGGUUUGCCCUUAUGGAGACGAAGCUUCUAAUAGCUUAUCUCUUGCAAAAAUUCACCUUCAAGACCACGGAGAAGACCGUCGAGCCUGUCGUGUUCGACAAGAAGGAAUUCACGUUGGUACCUGACGGAGGAUUCUGGAUUUCCUUGGAAAAAAGAAUAUAAAUCUUGACUUAAGAAUGCAAACAGAUGUCUAGAAUUUUUUUAUAAUGUCACAUUAAGUAAUUCUAUUCCUCUGUUAUCUAAUGUCAAGUUAAGUAAUUCUAUUACACGUUAUCAAAGAAGAAAGACCUUGCAUUGCCAUAAACAAUCACCGCGAUCAAGUGAGAUCGCGAAGGUCAACGUCGAUGUUGUGGUUUAUGUAACUUAUUUGUUUGCGGACUACGAUAAUUGAUUGACUUGAUAGAUACGUUCUCUAUAUUAUUUUUUUAUAUAAAUAUAUCGCGUCACAAUUUUACAUUUUUUGUUUUAGACAGUUGUUUUCUUCAACGUAGAUUGUUUAUUGUGUAAUUUGAUUUAAAAAAAUUUAGGCGCAAUGAUUACAUUUUACGAUAUUGGAUAUAAUAACACACACAACUGACUGAAACAAUGUGUAAUGUGUUCACAGUGUAUUUGUGAUAACUAAAAAAAAAAAAAAAGCUGUGAAAAUAUUUUUUUACA